GCUACACUAAAAUUAAUGUAAACAAUUGAUUUUUCAUAAAAUCCACACAACUUUGGGAAAAAAUGUCCGCUGCCAAGAAAAUUGCCGAAGCGGAGGAGUUAGUUAGACAGGCAGAGAAGAGUUUGAAAACUUCGCUCUUGAAAUGGGUACCUGACUAUGACAGUGCAGCUGAUGAAUAUUCAAAAGCUGCUACUGCUUAUCGAAUAGGAAAAAGUUUUGAUAAAAGCAAGGAGUGUCAAUUGAAGGCCAUUGAAUGUUACAAAAACAAUAAAGCUUGGUUCCAUGCCGCAAAAUCAUACGAGCAGAUUAUUUUACUAUCAAAAGAUACAGACAAACUAUUGGAGAUCGAGGAGUAUGCUAAUAAAGCUUGUAGCUUAUAUCAACAACAUGGCUCGCCAGAAGCUGCCGCAUCCGCUUUGGAUAAAGCCGCCAAAUUAACUGAACAAAAGCAUCCUGAGCUGGCUUUGCGAUUCUAUCAGCACGCUAUAGAAGUAAUAAUGAUUGAAGACUCAACCCGUCAGGCUGCUGAAUAUUCAACCAAAGUGUCAAGAAUACUAGUCAAACUAAGGAGAUACGAAGAAGCUACACAAGCAAUUAAAAGAGAGAUUGGGCUUAAUCAGCAAACGGAGUCCUAUGGUCAAAUCGGGCGCUUGGUUGUGGCUUUGGUGCUGGUUCAAUUAGCCCGUGGUGAUUCAGUGGAAGCAGAAAAGGCAUUCAGGGAAUGGGGAAGUUGUUGCGAGCCCGAAGAAGUGUCCACACUGCAAACACUUUUAAACGCAUUUGAUGAAGAAGAUGCUGAAAUGGCGGCCAGAAUGUUGGCAACUCCAUUUAUCAGACACAUGGAUGUGGAGUACUCGAUCUUAGCUAGGAACAUUCCAUUACCUGAAGGUAUGCAACUGGAGAAGAAAUCGGAUGAUAAUGCUGGCAAUGCAACCAACGAAGACGAGGACGAAGGAAUAUGCUAAUUUUGUUAAAGUUUUACAGCUCUCUUCCCUAGAAAAACAUAUGUAUCGUUAAUCAGCAAGCUAAUAAUCCCUUUAAAGCAAUUGUUAAAUAAAAGAUUCAUCACAAGCGUA